UGGGACAUGGACAUGUGACGAUAAUGAGAUUGAAUGAAAUAAAACAAAGUAUAAAUAUGUAUCAAGAGUGCUUCUCAGUAACGGUUCUGGCUGUAUGAUUAAAAUAUUCCAUUUUCAACUGCAAAUAAAAUAGUGUAAACAUUUUUACAUUUACUCAUUUGGCAGAUGCUUUAAUCCAAAGUGAUUUACAAGUGAGGGACAACACUACAUCUAUUCAAUAAGGUGAAGGCAAAGGUAAGGUGAUCAGGUAAAGAGGUGAACUGACAGGGCCUAGUAAGUGGUAGUUAGGCCUGUUAGGAUGUUUGAGGUUUUAGACAUUUACACUGCUACGUUUUAGUUUUAAAAUGCAUGACUUCUGCGUUUUAGUUUUAAAACUAAAACAUGGAUGGAAGAGAUUAAUCUUCAAGAGAUUUUUUAAAGACAGAAGGAAAUCAGCAUGUUAAGAUACUCCUAAACCUUAAAGAUGUCCACACACAACUGCUGGACAAUAUAACAAAGUUCAAUUAGUUGGCCUCCGUUUCUGGUUACUGAUCUCUUCAACAACUACAGACAAAGACAGGAUGAAACCCACUCUUAUCACCGAUCUACAACCAGUGCACAGCUUUACUGUCCUUAAGUUAAAGAUUCGUAUUUACAGAGUGAAACCUGAUCCUGGAUCUGUGUGAAGUUCAUGCCAUGCGGCAUGUAUGACAUGUGUCACAUCGUCACCGACAUGUGUGUGUGUGUGUGUGUGUGUGUGUAUUCAUCCUCAAUGACCUGAGCAUGAGUAAGAAAGUGUCACUGUAUGUGUGUGACUGACACAUGUCAUUACCUGUGUAAUGCAGUAAGGUUCAGUGUGUACGUGUGUGUGCCUGUGUGUCGUACAGCUGGUUGUGGUCAUGUACACAAGUGGAUAAGGCUGCAGGCAUCACAUUUCACCCAGUGCCUGUGUGCUAUGUGAUACUGCAGUGUACCUGUAUGUGUGUGUGUGUGUGUGUGUGUGUAUGAAUGAUAGCCCCCAGGUCCUGUUCCAGAGCAGCGAUCACACACAGAGAGACACUGACAGAGGCGAACUGCAACUAACAACCAGUGAAGCAUUCAGAGCUUCUGACAGGAUGUAAGAUUUCGAGAAUUUUCUGUGGUCUCGGCUCGCUCCGCCUCAGCAGGGGAAGAUGGAGAUCAGAAUAGAGUGACGCUCUGGAUUUGGACCCAGGCUGUCUCAGCGACUGCUUCGCUGAAUAAUUGAUCCCUCGGCUUGUGACUUGUUGAAGAUGAGGAAGGCAGCGUUGAUGGUUUGGAUCAGCCUUUUGGUGCAAGUGUCCCAUGGUGCCCAGGGUCAUUAUGCCCGCAAACUUCUGAAUGACCUGAUGGAGGACUACUCCAAUGCUCUGAGACCUGUGGAGGACACAGACAGUGCCCUCAAUGUCUCGCUGCAGAUUACGCUGUCACAGAUCAAAGAUAUGGAUGAGAGGAACCAGGUUCUUACCACGUACCUGUGGAUCAGGCAGGUCUGGCAUGAUGCCUACCUGAAGUGGGAAAAAGAGGACUAUGACGACUUAGAGAUGAUCAACAUCCCCAGCGACCUGGUUUGGAAGCCGGACAUCGUCCUCUACAACAAGGCAGAUGAGGAGUCAGGUGCAUCCAGCACUAAUGUGAAGCUGCGUUAUAAUGGAGAGAUCGUCUGGGACUCUCCGGCCAUCACGAAGAGCACAUGUGUGGUGGAUGUCUCUUACUUCCCCUUUGACUGGCAGCAGUGCAACCUCACCUUUGGCUCCUGGACCUACAAUGGCAAUCAGGUGGACAUCAGUCUGGGCAUGGACAGCGGAGACCUGUCUGACUUUGUGGAGAACGUGGAGUGGGAGUGCCACGGCAUGCCUGCAGUUAGAAAUGUUAUGAUGUAUGGCUGCUGCUCUGACCCCUACACUGAAAUCACCUACACCCUGCUCCUGAAGCGCCGCUCCUCUUUCUACAUCUUCAACCUGCUCCUGCCCUGCUUCCUCAUCUCGUUUCUCGCCCCGCUGGGUUUCUAUCUGCCGGCUGACUCCGGGGAGAAGGUUUCCCUCGGGGUCACGGUGCUUCUGGCGCUCACUGUGUUCCAGUUGCUGGUGGCUGAGAGCAUGCCUCCUGCAGAAAGCAUGCCCUAUAUAGGGAAAUACUAUAUUGCUACCAUGACUAUGAUCACAGCCUCCACCUCUCUCACCAUCUUCAUCAUGAACAUUCAUUUCUGUGGUGCUGAGGCCAAGCCAGUCCCUCACUGGGCUAAGGUGCUCAUCAUCGACUACAUGUCCAAAAUCUUCUUCGUCUACGAGGUGGGGGAGAACUGCACUACACCGGAGAGCGAGAGGACCCCACUGUACCCCGAGGAACCCUUGAGCGAUAAGGACUGCUACCAUGACGACCGUUUUCACGACAGCAUCUACCAUCACGACAGUGACUCGUACAAGUACAGCAAUAGCCACAGCGUGCACCACAGCAACAAGCAUCACAAAAGCCAGGCGAAUGGCACCGCCAACGGCAGGAGUCAUCAUUAUAACAACCAUAACAACCACGCUUCCAGAUUGGAGAGAGGUGACGCAAAAAGAGAGCCAACCCAACGCUACCACAUCAGGAGGGAUGAACUGGACUACCAGGCCCCCCCCCAUCCACAAAACCUCCAGCACCUCAAUGGUGGGCUGAAGGAACAGCUCCUCUAUUCCACAGAGAAACAUCAAGUCCCUGCCUGCCCCUGCUGCUGCCCCUGCCUCCAACAUAAACAGGUGGUGAAGAACAUCCAGUACAUCGCCAACUGCUUCCACGAGCAGAGAGCGACGUGUGUCAAGGCAGCAGAGUGGAAGAAGGUUGCCAAGGUGAUGGAUAGGUUUUUCAUGUGGAUCUUCUUCGUCAUGGUCUUCCUCAUGAGCAUUCUCAUUAUCGCCAAGGCCUCCUGACAGCCUCCUCCUCAUCUUUUCACCUCCACUGUAACAUUCAUCCUCCAACACUGCUGGACCUCAGUGUUCCUCCAGAGGCACCUCAUUUCUACUUUAAUGCGACAUCAGAUGAAUCAAAACAGUUUUGUCUACAAGGAGACAUUUGAUAUGUCAGUAUUGUGUUUUGUGUAUGUGUGUGUUUGUGUAGGGUUAAUUGUUGUUUUUAUCUUGCUCUGACAUAAAGAGCACAAGGUCACUGCACACACAUUGACCAUUUAACCACACACGCACAACGAAAUUCAUCAAAGCCUCUCGGUUAGUUAACAUCAGGUGUGCUUGCAUGUGUCGCAGAGCAGUGGAGCGGUAAGACAAUCUAGGCCUCACCUUGAACAUGCAUGGGCUCUCCAUUAUUGAUGAGCUAACAGCCAGACAUCCAGCUAUAGGCAUUAUAUUACUUGCAUUACGUUUUAAACAACCAGAUGAUGCUGUUUUCCAGAGUCAGUUACAACGAGAGCGCCAGCAGAGGAACCUUAAAUACUUAUGACACAACAACCUUGUGUAUGAUCGAAAAUAGGGCAAAGGGCGGUGACACCACACAGAAUCACACACGUCCUCAUAAGGAUUGUCAAUAAUAGAGAUAAAAACGAGGUUAAGACAUUAAAACCAGGGGAAACUGGUGAAGUGUUUUUUUAGUUUAGAUGUCAGAAAUCAGUUUACAUAAAUUGUGAAUACUUGAAUUUGAGAAGUCAAAGGAUGAACGUUUACUUUUCUUUCAUAAGAUCCCUCACUUUUUAAUGCAACACUUGGACCUUGAAUCGUACCUCCAGAGAAUGAAUGGUGGGUAUAUUUUACCUGUUCACAUUUUGCUUAUUGGUCCAGUAAAAAAAUCUUGAUAUCUUGUUAUUAAAACAGGUUUUACUCAUUGUCCCAGCAGUUUGCACUGUGGUACAAACCUAAUUUUGUUAUGUAUAAUGUGUGUAUACAUUUUUGCAAAGCUGUCCAUUUGUUUUGUUUUUUUGCAUAUAAAAUGUUAUUUCAUUGCUUCAUACUUUUUUCUGCAAAAUCAUUGCUUUUAUGCAGGGUGUCAUUUCCAUGGAUUUGUUUAAUGAACAAAAAAAAAAGAACAAACAUCCAGCAUUAAUGAUCAUACAGAUGCGAGUAUAAAUCACUCAGUAACAGGAAGGUGUGAAUUAGGUGCCAAUUGCAGGUGAAUGAAUGAGCCUGGGUUUGUGUCCAUUACCAAAAUAGCCUCUAGAGGGCAGAUAAGCUACAAUCCACACGGUAGUCGGUUACUGAAUGACUGAAUAAAUGAAUAGAUGACGGUAUAAAUGACCGAAGGAAUGCAUGAAUAAAUGAAUGAAUGAACUCCAUGCAUAGCAAAGUGAACAUCUAAGUACAUGUAUACAGAAAGUGCCCAAUGGACGGCUCAAUGACACCAAAGGGCAUAAAAGACAGAAUCUGUAGAGUAUCAGCUCAUCCUCUUAAUGGGCUAUAACAUGUAACACCGAUAAAGUAUAUUUCAAAAAAUGGUUUUAAGGAUACAUUAAAUAAAUCAGUAAAACAUUAUUACCUCCACAAGUGAAGUGUAUUCUGAUUAUGAUUUGAAACAAUAAACAAGAGGGUAAACAGGAGGAUAACUGAUGCAAAAAGGAUUUUGUUACAGUAAAUAAAAUCUCGCUGCUGGCCUGAUUAUUUCUAAUGUAAGAAAUAACUUCAGAUAAUCUGAAUAGUCCAAGCUCAAACUGAAGUUCAUUACUUUUUCUACAAAUAGGUGUUCCCAUUUACAGACUCCAAAUAUAUACCCUCCUAAACUCAUUGAAUAUCUUUCUUUAGGCAGAAUUAAAAUAUAUUAAAUUAAUAACUUCACAAAAAACAGAAUAAAUACCGACACAACUGUUAAAGAAAGGGGAAUCCAUUUAAAGUUUACUCUCAUAAUCUUGAGUCACUUUGUCCUUGUGAUACCAAAGUAUUGAUAGCAGGCUGUCUGUAGUCUCAGCACCAGCUGCAUCAACAUGAUAAAAACUGUCAAUAACUUGUCUCGUCACAUCAGGCAGACUAACCUCUGCCUCCAUCUAGUGGAAUUUAGUCAAAACAAAUACACAGCUGUACACUCUCCUGUAUUAACUCCUGGGUUAAAGGGAAAUGCCACAAAUUUCUAUUUGCCAUUAUAGCCUAUUUACAGGUCCUGGGAAGUACUACUGCUUAUAUGAAAAGAAAGCAUUUUGUGUCUCCAGCUGCAGCUGCGUGAAAUGCAACUGCAGUCAAAAAGUCUCCAGUGAGAUUACAUGAAAGUAUACUGUACCUACAAAUCAUUAUAUUCAUUUGAAAUUUUUCCUCUCUUCUGUAUUACAUUAAUUAUCAGCAGUUUUGUCUAGUCUCUAGAGUUCUGCAUGAAAUCACUCAACACUGACAGUAAGGUGACUCACUUAUUGAUUCCUGGUGGUUUGUAAACAGCAGCUAAUCAACUUAUUUUCAAGAUAAAGCAACACAACAAUCAAAUGACCCCAAAUAAUCACAUUGACCCCAACUUACUCAUACAACCCCCGACCUUACUCUCGGGCUUCUUCCUGGAUCGUUGACUGUGCUGGACAAUGCCCCCGCGAUAGAGUGUGUAUAGUGAGAGAUAAGGCCUGCUGUGCUGAGUGUUAAAGAGACAGACUAUUGGGCCACACUUUCUCCAGAGUGACAUUACAAACAUGGUGAUGACGAUGGUUAGAGUUCAGAGGGGAUUCAUGUGUCCUAAGGGCAGACACACCCACAAUGUUGGGAUCUAUAUAGAGAUGCACUGCUCUCAUUUGUUCUCAGUUUAUGGAGGAUAGCGAGCAGAAACAUGUCAUCUAUCAGCAAGCAGCUGUCUUCCAUCACCUGCACAGGUAAGUUCUGACUUUUUGUUUGUUUGUUUGUUUCUUUUUCGUUCUUUUGAACAUAGCCUAUCAUUUCUCUUUUUGUGUCUCUUCAGGCAG